UGUGAAAAUCUUGCAUGUCAUAUAUUAUUGCUCUAACGUGUGGUGAAAGUAGCCUCGAAAAACACAUUAGGCCCUGUAUACAUGGAUAGAGGAAGUAGGUUGAUUUGGGGGAGGAUCACUGUUCUGGAAAUCCAUCCAUCGGCCAGACGCCCGGCCAGCAAGCAGUCUGAAACUUUCUUUCCUUCGGACAGCCUGCACUCUGAAACUUGGCUCUGGGAAUGGUGCGCGCGUCGCUGAAAACCUUGGGAUUUUUUGUUCGCGAACGAACCGGCCCAACUGCACGGGGGGCCUGUGGUGGCAUCGGCCCACUCAGCCCGGUCGGCCGAGCCAGCCAACCCAACGCGAACGCGAGAAGAGAGAGAUUAACCCUAGCCCCAUCGGAACCGAACCGCUCCGUUCAAUCUCUUCCGCCCCUGGCUGGUUUUCUUCUCCCCCCGCCCCGCAUCUCGCCCCACCCCGCCCCGGAUUUCUUCCGCCGAUUCCGUGGCGGCCGGCCGCCCGGCCGAUUCCCCGACAGACCACAGGAAAAAAUAAACCCGGGCGAGAGGCGGCGGAUGGCGACCCCGGAGGCGUCGUCGGCGGCGGCGGACGCGGUGGCGCUGGCGGUGGCCAGGGACGAGGCGGCGGAGGAGGACGACGAGGCGGCGGCGGCGGGGGAUGGGGGUCUGGAGGUGGUGGUGCCGAUCGGGGCGCAGAAGCACGACCCGGCGUGGAAGCACUGCCUCAUGGUGCGCCUGGCCGGCCGGGACCGCCUCAAGUGCGUCUACUGCGGCAAGCACUUCCUCGGCGGCGGCAUCCACCGCUUCAAGGAGCACCUCGCGCGCCGCCCGGGGAACGCCUGCUGCUGCCCCGACGUCCCCGCCGACGUCGAGGCCCUCAUGCACCGCAGCCUCGACGAGGUCGCCGCCAAGAAGCUGCGCAAGCGCGCCCUCGCCGCCGCCAUGGCCGCCGUCGCCUCCGCCGACCCCUCCCCCGCCGCCUUGCCCGCGGCCUCCUCGCCCUCCCCCUCCCCCUCCGCCUCCAACGGCGACCUGGCCAGCCCCAUCCACGUCCCCCCGCUCAACCAGGCUCCCCGCGCUGAGGAGACGACGCCUCCCAUGGGGACGGGGUCGGGAUGGACCGGCGGGGGCGCCACCAAGAGAAGGAAGAAGACGCUGGCGGUGAGGCGCGCUCCUGCUUCUGCUCCGCAGGCCCAGCAGCAGCAGCCUCUCCAGCCUGCUACUCCUGCUCCCCAGACGCAGCCUCCUCACCAGACUAUCAUGGCGCUCGAUGCGACAGCAACAGCACCGCCGCCGUCAAGGCAUGUCGAUCCGGCUGCUGGCUCGGACAAGGAGCAGGUUUGCAUGGCGGUUGGGAGGUUCCUGUACGACGCCGGUGUGCCACUGGAGGCGGUGAAUUCCGUGCAUUUCCAGCCGAUGGUCGACGCCAUUGCGUCCAUGGGAGGGAGGCCCGAGGUGUUCUCGUACCAUGACUUCCGUGGCUGUGUUCUGAAGAAGUCGCUGGGUGAAGUGACGGCUCAGUUGGAGUACUACAAGGGGUCAUGGACCCGCACGGGGUGCUCUGUGUUGUCCGAUGAGUGGUCGACUGACAAGGGCAGGACCUUGAUGACCUUUUCGGUGUAUUGCCCUGAAGGUACCAUGUUUCUGAAAUCGGUCGAUGCAACAGAUAUCGUCACAUCAUCAGAUGCAUUGUUUGAGCUGCUGAAGAGUGUUGUUGAGGAAGUUGGAGAGAAAAAUGUCAUCCAAGUGAUCACAAAGAACUCUGAGAUUCAUGCAGCCGCAGGGAAAAGGCUAGGUGAAACAUUUCCUACGCUGUUCUGGUCUCCAUGCACUUUCCGGUGCAUCGAUGGUAUGCUUGAAGAUUUCAGCAAGGCGACGGCAGUUAGUGAGAUCAUAAGCAACGCAAAGACCAUCACUGGAUUCUUGUACAGCAGUGCUCUUGCAUUGAGUUUGAUGAAGAAGCAUCUGCAGGGGAAGGAUCUGCUAGUUCCUGCAGAGACCCGUGCUGCUAUGAACUUCGUGACACUGAAAAACAUGUACAGUCUGAAGGAGGAUUUGCAAGCCAUGGUCAGUUCAGAUGAAUGGGUACACUGCCUGUUGCCAAAGAUACCUGGAGGGAUAGAAGUGAGCAAUAUUGUUAGCAAUUUGCAAUUUUGGUCUUCAUGUGCCUUAGUUGUUCGUGCCACCGAACCACUUGUGCAUCUUCUCAAGCUGGUAGGUAGCAACAAGAGGCCUGCUAUGGGGUAUGUUUAUGCUGGAUUAUACAAAGCGAAAGCAGCAAUCAAGAAAGAGCUGGUGAAGAAGAGCGACUAUAUUCCUUACUGGAACAUUAUUGACCAGAGAUGGGACAAGCACAUGCAACGACCGCUUCAUUCAGCUGGUUUCUUCCUAAAUCCACUGUUUUUUGAUGGAAUUGGAGAUAACAUAUCGAAUGAGAUUUUCUCAGGAAUGCUAGACUGUAUAGAAAGGCUGGUGUCCGAUGUCAAAAUCCAAGAUAAAAUUCAGAAGGAGCUUAACAUGUAUCGGAGCGAGGCAGCUGGGGAUUUUCGUAGGCAAAUGGCUAUCCGAGCCCGGCGUACUUUACCUCCUGCUGAGUGGUGGUAUAUGUAUGGCGGAGCAUGCCCGAAUUUAACACGUUUGGCAGUACGUAUCCUCAGUCAAACCUGCAGCGCUAAAGGGUGUGAUCGGACACACAUUCCUUUCGAACCACUCCAUGACCAAAGAAUGAAUAUUUUUGAACGUCAACGAAUGCAUCAUCUCACCUUUGUUCAAUGCAACCUGCGGCUACAAAACAGGCAACAACAAUACAAGGCGAAGGAAUUUGAUCCAAUCUCGGUAGACUACAUAGACAUAGUUGAUGACUGGGUGGUGGAUAGAUCUGCACUGUUCUCUGGACCGGCGGAGCAGCCAAACUGGAUGGAGAUUAGUCAACCGUUCAACUGGACCCCAUCAGCAGGACCGGGUGAUGAAUUCGAGUCCUUUGUUGAAGGAGUCGAUGAUGAGAUGAUCCAAGGCGCUUCCCGAGGAAUCCAGGCCGAUGAUGCCGACAAAGAAGAUUCCAAUGAUGAAGAGAAAACCCCGCCUGUGGGUGAACGAGUUGGCUCUAACUUGGAUAAACCUGUAAACUAAUGGAAGUAGAAGGGAAUUGCUUGCGGUAUAUUUCCAUGUAGCAGUUAUCUGGAAGAAAAAAGAAACUUUUUCGAGUAGCAAAAAGGAUAUAGGUCUUUCUUGUGUGAUCUAAAAUUUAAUGCAUCUUUCGAUGCUUGUGAUAUAUUCGAUGGAAAAAAAGGAAGUUUUAUGCAAGUAGCAUACAAGGGAUAUAGGUGCAUCUUGUUCUGUGGUUUAGACUUUAAUGCAUCUUUCAGUGCUUGAGAUAGUUUCAUGUA